CGGGUUUUUACUGGAUAAUGCGAAUGACAAUUCAGGAACUCCUGCUGGCACCGCAUGUAGCGCAAAGAAGGAGGCGUAAACACUGACACAGCUAGGUAGCCAUCAAGGUUAUGGAGAUGAGCAGCAACAGUGAGUGCUUUGGAUGUGGCCGCUCUGGUCAUUGGGUCAAGCAUUGUCCUAAUGCCAGUGGUGUGCGUGGACGUGGCAGGGGCCGGGGACGAGGAAAGGAACUGUUCUGUUAUCGCUGUGGAGACCAGGGACACAUGGCCAGGGACUGUGACCAAACUGAGGAUGCGUGCUACAACUGCCACAGGAGUGGUCACAUCUCCCGGGACUGCAAGGAGCCCAGGAAGGAGAGGGAGCAGCUCUGCUACACCUGUGGCAAAGCCGGCCACAUGGCUCGUGACUGCGACCACGCCAACGAGCAGAAGUGCUACUCCUGCGGCGGGUUUGGUCACAUCCAGAAGCUUUGCGAUAAGGUGAAAUGUUACCGGUGUGGUGAGAUUGGUCACGUCGCUGUGCACUGCAGUAAAGCCAGCGAGACCAACUGCUACAACUGUGGAAAGGCGGGCCACCUGGCAAAAGAGUGCACCAUCGAAGCAACUGCAUAAUCAGCACCCUCUGUUGCCCCUCCUUUUUUUUCAGAUUGAUGGUUGGUUGUAUUAUUUUCUCUGAAUCCUCUUCACUGGCCAAAGGUUGGCUGACAGAGGCUAGUCCCAGGCCUGUGAGCCUCUCGAUAUGUAAUACAAAGAAAGGGGUGAUAAAAAAUAUCUUUCUGCAUUCAAUACAAAAAAAUGUUUUAGUUUGGUAGCGGUGUUAUGUAUAAUGCUUUGUUAAAGAACCUCCCCCUUUCCAGGCCACUGGUGAUCAGUGAGGAAUAAACGGGACUAAACAUAUGGGAAUCUAUAGGACCUCUGAGCUUGUGGACAUGCAUCUCAGUAAAAUGAGAUGGAAGACAGGAGUAAAUGGAAACCAAACAUCCAUGUGUGGUUAUUUUGGUUUGUUUUAGUGGAAUAUGAGUUGGCCAAGAGAGUUUGACAUGGAAACAGUUCAUAACAUGAUGCAUUUCAGCCCUACAAGCAGCUACAAGUGGGCGAUAACAAACGCUAUAUUACUAAGAUAUGAAAAAAAAAAAUAAUAAUUUUGGAGGUAUUAAAAGAAACAUGCUCUUUUAUAGAAAUCUGUUUACAAUUUAAAUAUCACUUUGGUAGUCCAAGGUAGAUUUUCUGUUUUAAAAAAAAAAAAA